UUUCAUUUGGACGGACCAUAUACAAGUUGUAUGACAAAAAUUAUACAUUCUCAAUAUGUAAUAUGUAUAGCGGGUGGUAUUGGAAUUACGGCGUUUAUUGGAUCAUUAAAAUAUUUAUUAGAAUGUCCAUCAAGUGUAAUUGUUACAAAACGUAUUCAUUUAAUAUGGAUCGUCAAAAAUGGAGAUGAAUUAACGUGGUUUGCACAAAUUAUCUGUGAUUUAUAUCAUAAGUUUUGGUUUUAUGAUGAAAUGGAUAGAUUUCAUGUAGAAUUAUAUAUUACAAAUAAAAAAUCAUUAAAUAAUUUUAAUUUUUGUGAUAAUUUUCAAAUAUUACAACAUCGUAUUCAAUAUGGUCGGCCAAAAUUUCAACAUUUAUUCAAUUUUUGGAAACAGUUAUAUGAACAGAAAACUGUGAACGUAUUCUGCUGUGGACCAAAAAUGUUAUUAAAAGAUAUCAAAAAGUUAUGUAUUCGCAUAAAUUUAUCCGAAAAAAUUAAAUUUAAUUAUUUACAUGAUUCUUAUUCUUGACAGAAAGUUUUAUAUUGAAAGUAAUUUGUUUAAAUAGAGUUUACUAAAUAAUA